AUAGCGAUGUUAGCAGCGAUAUUUCUCCACCUCUAAUAAUUUGCUGCUUUUUGUCCGUCCCGUGGACUUUCCAGAGGAUUUUAAUUCCAAUUUGCAAAAUAAAAACACAAAUAAGGCAACAGAUCGCGCGUUGGCCAAUUGCCUUUUAGCCAGUGCGUGAAAUAUCGUUGUAGAAACCGCGGAAAAACGCAACAACGCAGCAGGAAAGUCGCGCCUCCGUCGUCUCCGCCUCCCAAAAAAAGAAAAAAAGAUCUCGGAUCGCACAGGGUUUUUUUAUUUUGGGACUGGCGAUUAGUGUUUGUGGGUGCUUUGAGAUUCUCCGACCUUAUAGAGAGUGCCCAGUGGCGUCGCGUCGCUUUGGAUUAUGUCAUUUGUUUACGGGGAACUGCCGCAGGCCCAGGCCCAGUAGCCAAUGCAUCCAAAAAAAGAGGCAGCGAAAACCUGUAAAAAUGUAGACUGUAUGUGUGUGCCAGUCAGUGUCAGUGUGUGUGUGUGUGCGGAUAAUGGACGUUUUAGUUUUAGUCGUGGCCAUAUCCGUGUAAUAUAUAGCGAUAUAUAGAUAUAGCUAUAAGAUCUAGAUGGCCGCCUUCAAUCCGGGCGCCAGCAGCAGUGCCGCCGAUGUCCUGAGCGCCACCACAGCAACGGCCACAUUUUUGGUGCCCACCUCCUCGGCAGUUUCGCAUUCUGCGGCUGCUGCUGCUGCUGCUGCUGCUGCUGCCCAUCCUGCCCAGCUGCAGUUGGACCAGUUUGGUGGCUACACGGCGGCGCCCUUGCAACAGCACCAUCACCACCAGCAGACCAACUCCUCGUCCUACACCUUUGUGCAGAUCAAGCGCGAGCCCUGCCAGGUGUCCGAGAUCAGCUCCAACAAUUGCCACCAACAACAGCAGCAGCAGCACCACCACCAGCAGCAGCAGCAUCAGCAGCAGGUGCAGCAUCAGGGUCUCUCCUCCGCCUCGAUGACAGCCUCCUCCAAGACCAUGUCCUCCUCCACCUUGACCACGCUGGUGAAAAUAGAGGCGCCCUCGCCAAAGGUCUCCGAACUGGAAAAGUCCUCAGGCAACUCAGUGCCCAUUGGCAUCGCCGUGGCCAGGAAACGGCCGCAGGAAGCCCUGGUGCCGGCCCUAAACACACCCGCCACGCUGCCCCUGCAGCCACCACUCAACAAGGACAUGAACUGCUUCGGCAUACGCGUCGCUGACCUCGGUGCCACCAGUUGCGGCAAUUUGUACUUUACGGGCAACGGCGACCUGAUGACCACCGGCACGGCCACCGCCGAGGAACUGGCUCUCAGUGCGGCAGGUGUGAGCCGUGCUCCCUCAACGUUCUGGCAGUAUCCAAAUGCAUUACCCAUUGAAUCAGUGAUUUCCAUGUCGCCCGCCACGGUGGGCCUGCAGUACUCGCGGGAGGCCAGCCGCGGACAGGUGGUGCUGCUGCCGGCCGGCCCAACAGCGCUCGCAGGCAUAUCAAAUUUUCCCCUCUUAACGCCCACAGAUCCGUUCCAGCAGGCAGCGGCUGCGGCGGCCUUCGUCUGGCCCUCGGCCUACAUCCCCCAGGCGCCGGCUCCUGGUGGUCACUCCGCCGCCGCUGCCUCGCUCCAGCCGUCGCCUAAUCUCUCCAGCCUGUCCAGCCUGUCCAGUCUGUCGAGCUUGUCCAGCUUGCCGAACUUCAUCUUUCCGCCGAUGGGCGGCCACCAGGCGUUGGGCACCACGCCCUCGUACGCCUCCACGCUGCAGCUGUAUUUGGCCGCCGCGGCCACGGCAACGGGCAGCUCGACAAUGUGCCAGCACAGCAAUCAGCAGACGAGCAGCACCACCACCACCAACUCCACCAUCAACCUGAGUCUGGCCGCCGGCGGAUCGGGGCUCGCGCAGAGUGGCAAUCCACACGGCAGCCUGAGUUCCAGCAGCAGCAGCAGCAGCAGCAGCAGCCUGAGUGCGAGCAGUUCCCGCUUCCUUAGUUUGGCCACGGGACAGCCUGGGCAGAUGCCAUCGCUGCUCUCGCUGCCACCGCCGCCCGGGAUGAAGGAGGAGUACGCGAUGCCUCUCACCCUGCCGCCGCUUGUGCCGCUCGAGGCGGCGCGCGACAAGGAGCAGGCCCUGAAUCUGAUGCGCCUGCCCACGCCGCCCACCUCGGCCACCAUGGAGCCGUCUUCCCUGGGCCAUGUGACGCCCCACCAUCUCUUCCAGUCGGCUGCCAUGACGGCCACGCCCACGCCAGCCCUGCUCAACCUGUCGAUGCAUGGCCACGCCGACGGCGAGCUGUCCGCUGGCACGCCCCUGCCGGCGGUCUGUGAUGAGACGGCGCUGAACUACAAGCUGCAUGCCCCGCUGACGCCGCAGACACCGCCGCGCCUGACAGAGAUGGCUGUGCCGGGAGCGACUACUCAGCUGUUGCCGCAGAUGCAGGACGUCAACAUACAGACGGACACGCCGGUGUGCAGCGAGGACGAGAGCUUCCCGGGCCCAGCGAAGCCGCAGGAGCAGGCAGUGGACACCUCCCUGAUACAGCCGCUGGAACUUACGCUUACCAAGUCCAGCGAGGCCAGCCAUACCCAGCCGAACGAGUGCCAUACCCAGACCGAACCCAGUGACAUACCCAGUGCCAGCCAGGAGGAGUCGGCGGAGCAGACUCCCCCGGAACCCGUAGAAAUGAUGUCCCAGGCCACGCAGGCCGACCAGGCCGCUCCCGAGGACCUGACCGGCCUGGAACUGCUCUCGAACAUAAGCACCAACAGCAAGCCGCUGGUGCGCGUCAAGCAGGAGCCGUUGGAGCAUGUGGAGCAGCCGCCACCACCACCGCCGCCUCCGCCGCCGCAGCCUGUGGAACUGAUGCCGCCUGAGAACACGCCGCCGCCGCCCAUGCUGGAAAUGGAGACCACGCCCGCCCAGGAACCGCUGGGUGGGCUCAAGCUGCUCUGCGCCCUGGCCGAGCAACGCAUCCAAGAGGAGGUGGUGCAGGGCAGCAGUCUCUUUGCCACGCCCUCCUCACGUACGCCCACGCCAACGCCGCAGACAACGCCGCCCGUCUUCGAGGCCAAGGCCUGCUUUGCCUUCGGGCAGCCGCAGCAGGCAUCCGUCUUCCCCUCCUCCGCCUCCUCCUUUCAGAUGCCAUUGAGCUCGCCCGGCUUCCCCUCGAUGCAGGGCAUCGAGCUGCCCUCCACGUCGACGGCUGGUGCUGGUGCGGCCGAGUUGACGCCCGUGAAGCGUAAGAAGCACAAACAUUCCAAGUCGUCGGGCAGCGAUAGCCGCAAGUCGGCGCGUUGCAGCAAGAAGAGCAAGAAGAAGCGACGGCACAGCAGCAGCCGCCAGCAGUUGGCCGCUCCGGCGGAGGAGGACGUGGACCUGCAGGACGAGCAGCUGCAGUCGGAGCUGCGCAGCGCCCUGCACGCCAUGGAUCCCAGCUACGCGCAGCGCUUUGGCCAGGAGGUGUUUAGCAUCAUGGACAACAGCAUGCGGAUGAGGCUGGCGGAUGUGACGCGACAGUACCGCAAAAAGAAGCGGAAGCUCGACGAGAUUUCCAAGCACAAGAAGAAGAAGAAGUGCUCCAAGCAGCAGCUGCAGCUGCUACAGCAGCAGCAACAAGCAGCAGUCCAGCAGGCGGUUCAGGUCCAGCCCUCACCUGCCCUGCAACAGCCACAAAUGACGCUUUCCAGUGUCCUGGGGACCUCAUCUCCAUUGCGCGACUACAAGUUCCCAAAGUUUUCGAGCAGCAAUCUUCAGGCGUCCAGUUUCCUGCGAUUUCCGGACAAGACGCACUCGUUCCCCCCGCCGCCGUCCCUGCAGCAAGCCCAGCCGGAGCACAGUCCCUUGCCCAGCAGCAGCUCACCCAGUACCUCGUCCUUUGUCCGCCUGGAGCCGAGUGCCCUGGACGCGGCCGUGGCCAUUGCCCCAACUACCUCUGUGACCUCCGUCUCCUCCUCCGCCUGUUCGCCUUCCACCAAGCAGGCGGCUUCUGCGGUGCGGAAGCAGCGCAAGAUGAAGGCCAUGGCCAGUGGCGUCGCUGGAGACCAGCCAACGGCCACGGAGGCCAAGCGACGGGUCAGUGGCAUCGAUCGCGAGCUGCAGCUGACCAGCGAGCACCUGUAUCGCGACGAGACCCGCGUCCUAACCGACAUGGGCGGGCUCUUCUACGCGGGCGUGAUGAAGCCACUGCGUCCGCCGGAUGUGUACUCCAUAACACUGGACGGGGAACGCGGCAACAAGUCGCAUGUCAUGUCACGCGAGGAUAUACUCAAGGAUACGAUCCUCGAGGUGGCGCCGAAGAGCGUGGAGAGUGUGCCGGUGGGCACGCGACUGUGUGCCUAUUGGAGCCAGCAGUAUAGAUGCCUCUAUCCUGGACGGGCCAUCGAUUCGGAGCAGGUCGAGGAUGGAGCGGUUAGCAGUGCAACGCACUCCUCGGCCACUUCCUCGCCGGACUUCGUGAGCGUGGAGUUCGACGACGGCGACAGCGGCAGGAUCCGCUUGCAGAACAUCCGCCUGCUGCUCAGCGACUAUCCCAUAGCAGAGUACAACGAUAAUCCCCUCUACUCAGUAGGCAAGCAGAAGCGAAGCGCUCUGCGCGGGGCUGAAAGUGGCCCCGGCGGUGUCACCCAGGACCAUUUGAGCUUGCCCGGCUGCGAGGACUCGCACAGCCACCACAGCCUGGGGAUGAGUAGCGACAACACCACCUCGUUGGCCGCCACCAUGGAGCUGUUCACGCAGCGCAGCGAGAAGAAGCGCCUGAAGAAGAGCCUCAAGAAGAUGUCCAAGGCGCAGAAUGGCGUCAGCGCGGCCACGGCCACCAACGGCGGUUCAGAUCCCGCGGCAUCCGGUGGAGGUGUCAGUGCCGAGGAGGCCGCCCGCAAGCACCACAAGCACAAGAAGCGCAAGAAGCACAAGAAGCAUCAUCGCAAGAAUGGCAGCGAGGAGCCACAGGAGCAGCAGGUUGCUGCGGCAGCGCAGGAAGCCGCAGAGACUCCGCCAGCGGAGAUUUCACCAGUACCAGUGCCAACCACGAAUCGCGUUAAGGUGGAGGUCAAGGUGAAGACGGAGCAGUUGGACAUGGAAGAGGAGACCGCAUCCAAUCUCAUGUCUGAGAUAUCCGAUGAGGCCAAGGGCGACGAUCUGGUCGAGCAUAACAACUCCAAGGGAAGCAGCAAGAUAGCCGCCUUCCUGCCGGAACGGCAGCUGUGGGGUUGGUAUGGUACCGCCUAUCGCAAGGCGGGCGUCAAGGGACGCGCCAGAAAGCAAUUUUACAAAACAAUCAAAAGGGGAAAGGAGACUAUCACGGUCGGGGACAGUGCAGUAUUUCUAUCGACGGGCAGACCAGAUCGACCCUACAUCGGGCGCAUUGAGGCCAUGUGGGAAACGACCACGGGCAACAAGGUGGUGCGAGUGGCCUGGUUCUAUCAUCCGGAGGAGACGACCGGCUGUCCAAAGUUAAAAUUUCCGGGUGCUCUAUUUGAAUCGCCGCACGAGGAUGAGAACGAUGUGCAGACCAUUUCGCAUCGAUGUGAGGUGCUGCAGUUUGGCAGCUACUUCGACAAGUUCGGCGCCGAUUCGAAGCAAUAUCAAUCCAUAUACGAUAACAAUGAUACAUAUUAUUUAGCCGGGCACUAUAACCCAAGGUUACAAGUGCUAAAACUACAAGACGAUAUUCCAACUCUCGAAGAGCUGCAGGAUACAAAUACUACUACUACUACUACUACUACGGAAACUACUAUCGAGGAUUAAGCGAGAAGUGGAGAGGCGUGGUUAGGCAUAGUGCAUACAGAUCUAUAUAUAUACAAUAUAUAUACAUUAUACAUAUAUUUUACUAUACGUGUGUGAGCAGAUGGAGCAGAUAUAUACCUAUAUGUAUACAAAUAUUAUUUCUAUAUAUUUUAAAUGUAUUAUGUACUUUGAGAACUCAAAAAAGCUAAACAAAAAGGACACUGGCGAGAGAUAAAAACAGAGAGAGAACAAGGAACUAAGCAACAACCACUAAAUUAAUGUGUAGUUACGACAAGCGCAAGCAAUUUUAAGUCUAAUUUUGUAAAAACAAAAACAAAAACAAAUCAAAAGCAAAAACAAACAGGAAAAGCGCUUUGAUGACGACAAAGUUGAUUCACUUCAAGUUCAGCGAAAGUUUUCAAAAGAAAUGUGUGCUUCUUACAAUCCCCUUUGAUUCUUAAUCCCUUCGAACACAACACAUAACACAACCAACAAUCAAACAAACAAA